CACAUUUCCAUAUCCCAAUCUAAACUUUUAAUAAAAAUACUUUACAAAAUAAAAAAAAAAACACAAAUCUUUGCCUUCUGAACGCAGCCAUGGCAGCAACAACAUCUUCAAACCUCCUUCACUUCUCCAGUUCCCACUCAACUUCACGCCUAUCCCCUCUCAAAACCGCCCUCUUUUCAUGCUCCAAGAGAAAGCUUCCGGUCGCCGGUGGUGGUGCCGCCACCACCACAGGAGGAGUACGGUGCAUGGCGGUGGCAGCAGAGGCGGCGUCCGUAAAGAAGACGAGUUCUUAUCAGAUAAUGACAUUGACAACCUGGUUGUUGAAACAAGAGCAAUCUGGAAUCAUCGAUGCUGAACUUACCAUCGUCUUGUCCAGCAUUUCAAUGGCUUGUAAACAGAUCGCAUCUUUGGUGCAGCGAGCCAGCAUCUCCAACAUGACCGGAGUUCAGGGAGCUGUUAAUAUUCAGGGAGAGGAUCAGAAGAAGCUCGAUGUCAUCUCCAAUGAGGUGUUUUCGAAUUGUUUGAGAUCGAGUGGAAGAACUGGGAUCAUUGCAUCGGAGGAGGAGGAUGUGCCUGUGGCGGUGGAAGAGAGUUACUCCGGCAACUACAUUGUGGUGUUUGAUCCUCUUGAUGGAUCAUCCAACAUUGAUGCUGCUGUUUCAACUGGUUCUAUUUUCGGAAUCUACAGUCCAAACGACGAGUGUCUCCCUGAUCUUGACGAUAACUCCACGCUGGACACCGAGGAACAGAGGUGCAUCGUGAACGUAUGCCAGCCCGGAACCAACCUUCUGGCAGCCGGUUACUGCAUGUACUCAAGCUCCGUCAUCUUCGUGCUCUCCAUAGGAACCGGCGUUUAUUCAUUCACAUUAGACCCAAUGUAUGGUGAGUUUGUUCUGACUCAAGAAAAGAUCCAAAUCCCAAAAUCGGGUAAGAUUUACUCGUUUAACGAAGGAAACUAUCAACUAUGGGAUGAUAAGCUCAAGAAAUACAUGGAUGACCUAAAGGACCCUGGUCCUACCGGAAAACCUUACUCCGCUAGGUAUAUCGGUAGCUUGGUUGGUGAUUUCCAUCGGACGCUUUUGUACGGAGGAAUUUACGGGUACCCUCGGGACAAAAAGAGCAAGAACGGGAAGCUUAGACUCUUGUAUGAGUGUGCUCCGAUGAGUUACUUGGUUGAACAGGCCGGCGGAAAGGGCUCCGAUGGGCAUCAACGAGUACUUGACAUCCAGCCGACUGAGAUUCAUCAACGAGUUCCUCUAUACAUUGGAAGCGUAGACGAAGUGGAAAAAUUGGAGAAGUAUUUGGCUUAAAUAUGAAAAACUAAUACCAAAAUUUUUUAUUUUCCUUUACGUGUUUCAAACUUAUAAGAUUGCCGUUGCUUCAAGUCAAACGUUAUCGAUACAAGGAUC